GCUACAUCUGGCGGAGGAACAGCGGAGACUCGAGCACAUGCAGCACUCCAGCGGCACCCCUGAGCAACACCCGGGCGGGCUGGUUAUGAAGGAAGAAUGGAGUUCCCAGACCAUAGCCGGCAGUUGCUGCAGUGCCUGAGUCAGCAGCGUCACCAGGGCUUCCUGUGUGACUGUACUGUUUUAGUUGGAGACGCACAGUUCCGAGCGCACAGAGCCGUUCUCGCCUCUUGCAGCAUGUACUUCCAUCUUUUCUACAGAGACCAGCUAGACAAAAGGGACAUUGUGCAUCUAAACAGUGACAUCGUCACAGCCCCGGCGUUCGGCUUGCUGCUUGAAUUCAUGUACGAAGGCAAGCUGGAGUUCAAGAGCCUUCCGGUCGAAGAUGUGCUGGCUGCCGCUAGCUACCUUCACAUGUACGACAUUGUGAAAGUCUGCAAGGGCAAGCUGAAAGAUAAGGAGCCGUCCGUGGACGAGAAGAUGAACGGUGGCGGGGCCCUUUUGGAAAAGGAUGCACCAGUCCUGGAUGGCGGAGCGCCCUUGGGGCACCCGCUCAGCCCAGGGAACAAACAGCAAUCAAUUGCGAUGGAAUAUGAAAGAUUGGCGGGGAAAGAGAAAGGCGGCAGUUGCUACCCCGGCUGGUCCUCUGAUCUCACAAGUAUCGACUCGGGGUUAGCCGGGGCAGAAUUGGACACCGCGGCAGCUGAGAAAACAAGAGCGAAUGUCAGUAGUUCGGUGGGACCUUUGUCCCGAAGGUGUCUUAAACGCCCCUUAGCUCUGAGCGAUGCAGAGUGUGCGUUAGACCUGUCUUUCAAGCCUGUGGCCGGCAGAGAUUCCUUCCACCCCUCCUACGUCUUUGGACAGCUGGCUUCCGACUGCCGGCAGCAGGGCAGCCAACCCCUUGUCAAAGAGGAGCCGGAGUCUCUCUCGGAUGGGGAGGACCGGGAGGUGAGGAGCCCAGAAAGCCAGCACUUUGGGAGUUCCGCCAAGAGCCUCAUGGCCGGGCUAGGAAACGUCUUUGCGGCGAACGGCGACCCCCGCGUGCCUGACGAAGACCUUGAUCCCGAGCGGGAGGCGAGCGAAGACGACCUGGAUUCCUCCGACAUCUCGUCCUCGGGUCUUUUGGUACCCCCGGGCCACAUCUGUAUCUGCCCACUCUGCAGCAAAGUAUUCCCCACUCCGCAUGUCCUGCAGCUGCACCUCAGCUCCCACUUCCGCGAUAAAGACGGGUCAAGGACCAGGCUGUCCCCCGACGGCUCGGUGCCCACUUGCACUCUCUGCGGCAAGACGUUCUCCUGCAUGUACACCUUGAAAAGGCACGAGAGGACUCACUCGGGCGAGAAGCCCUACACCUGUGGCCAGUGUGGCAAGAGCUUCCAGUACUCCCACAACCUCAGCCGCCAUGCGGUGGUGCAUACGAGGGAGAAGCCGCACGGCUGCAAGUGGUGCGAGAGGCGGUUCACCCAGUCCGGCGACUUGUACAGACACAUCCGAAAGUUUCAUUGCGGCCUUGUAAAGUCUAUGGUGGUUUGAAGGAGGUUGUGUGGCGGAAGGCGGACUCUUGACUCUCUGCUGAUUAACUUCAGGCAAAUGAUAUUGUAGGUGGGGGUGGGGAAAUGUAGGUCUACAUUUCAAUGGGGCGGG